AGAAGUGGCACCAAGCUUGCAGCAAGCUGCCUUCAGCAGGGAAGCUGCAAUUGCGCAAAGCAGCAGCUAAGCUGGUGUCUGGUCUGUUAGUCAGAGGGGGCAGAGGUCAUUCACCAGGGAGCACCCAGAGCAUAUAAAGGAUGAGAACCAGGAAAAGGACAUGCAUCUCCUGGGACAAAGGCAGCUCGGCAGACCACAAACUGCCUGGAGGGACCCAACCCUGUGCUAGCAAUGACCUCUCAGCAAGUGAUCACAGUCCAGCCCCAGUGUUCAAUGGCCCCACGGGCAGGCGAGUGGCAGACAGGGCUGAUGGACUGCUGCUCCGACUGUAACGUGUGUCUUUGUGGAACCUUCUGCUUCCCCUGCCUGGGGUGCCAAGUGGCUGAGGACAUGGAUGAGUGCUGCAUGUGUGGCCCCAGCGUGGCCAUGAGGACCCUCUACCGCACCAGAUACAACAUCCCGGGCUCCAUUCUGGGUGACUGUGCCUCCACCGUGUUCUGCCCCUUGUGUAGUCUCUGCCAGCUGAAGAGAGACAUCAACCAGAGGAAGGAGCUGGGCAUAUUCUGGUAA